AUGACUGAUAAACAAAAAGUUGAUCUCGGUCUAUUAGAAGAAGAUGACGAAUUCGAAGAAUUUCCUGCAGAGAAUUGGGGAACGGAAGACGCUGACGAUGACGACGUGUCCGUCUGGGAAGACAAUUGGGAGGAUGAUGUUGUUCAAGAUGAUUUCAAUCAACAACUUAAGCAACAACUGGAAAAGUUGAAGGACAAAACCAAAAUU